AUGUUUCCUCAAGCUCAUAUCCGCCCUCUUGCGUUGAACCUUCUUGUCCUCACAUGCAGCCUACCACUCGCCGCCCAAGCAGGACCAUACCCGGACACGGGCAUAACCGCCCUAAUCCCAUGGAGCCAACGGACGGACAAGCCUACGGAAACCUUCACUUUCGACGAGACUCCCGAGGCCCGCAUCCAAUUCUCUUACGACCGUUCCAUCCCCGGAGGCCCCUGGACGCAGGGGCCGGAUCCAACAGAUCCGACUGAUAUGACUCCGCGCUGGUAUUCAUUCGACGUCGACACCGGAACAUGCGGCAUCGUAACGAACUGGGAGAAGGUGAAUCUCCAGCCCUCGGAGCGGCCUGAGCCAGAUCCAGCCGAUCCAACCAAGGUGACAAACAAAGGUCAGCAGUACCUCUCAAGCAGCGAGAUUCUAUAUGUAGGAUACUGGGUACAGCGCCAGGUAAAAUUUGUGCACAGCACCCCGGUGAUAAAAACACUUCAACCAGUUUUCGCUGUUACCGAAAAAUAUGAGAACUGUAAGCGUUGGGAGGAAAGGAUGAAAUACAGUUGCGACGACGCGACGCGAGUCAGGGUAAUAGGCUCCAUAACGACGCUAGGAAUAGGAUAUGGACGAACUUAUGACGGACAACCUCAAGGCACGCCUGAUAAAAACCCGUUGCUGAAUAUCGUAAGCAUAGGCGACACUCAAAUAGAUCCCGUGCCGCCAGCUACUCCGCCAGCCACAUUCCAUCCAGGCUGGCGCAUCAAUGAAAAUGGCGUUCAAGUCGGCCUGACUCAGAGCAUCUGGGACGGGCCAAGCCCACGGUUGUCGUGGCCGCGGUUCCCAAUAUUCAAUGGCCCGGUGAUCCAGCUUGGAACUCCAGCGAACACUACUGUACCCUUUCCUCCAGAAUUGGCCGGCAAUAACCCACAUACUCCAUGGUCUGAACUGAGAGGGGCCGUCCAGUUCCCAGGCGCUCGGAAUAAUCGGCUGGUGGACGUGGCAUUGCUACUUGAUACGGGCAUGGGUUGGUCCUCGAUAAGGGUGGACGAGAACCUAGCGACGGCUGUGAGAGAUAGCUUGCAUCUUCUCACAGACAACCAGAUUGCAUCCGUGACUUGUGUGGGCUAUUUGGUUGGCCACGGGCCUUUACACCCGCUCUUCAAUGCCUUUACUCAAACGUACAAGUAUAUUAAUCGUGGCUUCCCGGAGCCAGGGGUUUGUUGGACGCCAGAGUUCACAAAGGUCUCGCAUGAUGAUCGUCCAUACUUUGUCAAUACUGGGAGGAAUGUGUUUAAGGUUUGGGGGUUUGCCUUCGACCCUUGGAAUGGGCUUGUCAAGCUUCAGUGGCGUGGUGAUACCUGUCCAGUACGGGUGAUCCUUGAGCUGCCCCAUAUACCCACUACCCUACCUGGCAGAGGAAGCAUCUACGACACUCUAACUCUGACCCAUUAA